AUGCCUUUUGAAUUAAAAAUAAUUAUUUAUGGUGAUUGGGCGAGUAUUGAAAAGCAUGAAUGGAACCUACCGUUACCUGUUAAAUUCGCCUCUUCUUGGACAAAACUCCAAGAAUUUAUCGAUGGUCAGCCAGAAAGCGUGUCCUACUUUCUAAUAUUGCUUUCCUUAUCCGGUGAAACUUUUGAAGCAGUACUGAGUCGAAUACUAUGUCUAAAAAAUAUAGUUCGGACGUUCGUGUAUGAUAACAAAUACCACCAAUAUCUAAUCAAUCAGCGCGACAUAUACCAACUUCCCAGACGUCGUGUCACAUAUUCAACAACAUGGCACGCUAUAUGUACUUUUGAAUCUCAAUCUGAGCAGUCCCUUCCAACUGAUCUCAAUCGCGUCGUAGCCGUUACCGAGCAAAAUGUUUAUAGUUUGAAAAGAUGGCUGCAGACAAAUGAUAAAGUCGAAGCUUGUGAUGUACUGAUCAUUCCGGUUCAUUCAACUCAAGCUAAUCUUCUAGAUUUUCAACAAAAAAUGAUCGAAUUUUGGAUAACUUUUGGAGCCGGUUUCGAACUGAGAGUUUGUACACUCUCAGAUUAUAUCUGUUCAGAUAAUUAUUCUAACAAAAUGUCAGAGAAAGAGAAAGUGUUCGUCGAUGAACAGAAUAAGAAGAUUUGCCACCUUCUAAAAAAAAAUCUAGCACCUAUACGAAUAUACCUCGUUGCAAACGAAGAAAAUAUCUCCGAUCAAUGGAGUGAAUACAUGAUCAGUCAAGAAUCUAUAAAUCAUGAUCAAUACUCUUUACCAUAUGAUGAUCGUUGUACCUGUUAUGAACAUGAACCUGUCACUGAUACAAACCUACAACGAUUAAAAGCAUCUAACAGCGCUUUGAAAAACUUGACAAGGCCAAUGUUACGACGUGUGGAUGGUCUCACGGAUAAUGGUUUAGAAUGCGCCCGAUUCCUCGAUGCACUGGAUAGUGGUUCCAUUACUAUGAAACAACGAGAGAUGGUUGCUAACAUUGAAUUAAGCGAAUGGUCAAUAUAUCGUUAUAAUACAACUACGAUGUAUAGUAGUGAACUUCGCAACGUUGUUCAACCUGAAGAUCAUCGUCCUAGUUUAGUAAAUCCUACUGGUGAUAUAAAUAGUGCGAUUUUAGAGAAUGAUCACUAA